AUGGGGGACCGAGUCAUUCUAAGCUACCAUGACAGUCUCAUCCACGAGUCCGACUUGAGGCUGCUGGAGGGACGUAAUUGGCUCAACGACUCCCUCAUCUCCUUCUGGUUUGAGCACCUCCAACAUGAGGUCUUUGGAGGAAUGACGCGGCUCCUCUUCGUGAGUCCCGAGGUGACCCAGCUCAUCAAGAUGGGGGAUGCCCAGGAGCUGCCCAUCUUCUUGGACCCGUUGGAAGCUAGGUUCAAGGAUCACAUCUUCCUGGCGGUGAAUGACAACUCCUCUGUCAUAUCCUCCGGGGGCAGCCACUGGAGCCUGUUGGUUUACAGCCGCUAUGACCGCAAGUGGUACCACUAUGACUCCCAGCGCGGCUCAAACCACCGCGAUGCACGCUGUCUUGUCCACCGCAUCAACACCUACCUGGACAGAGAGCUGCCGGCCCCCCUCGUUGAUGCCAACUGCACGCAGCAGGACAACAGCUAUGACUGUGGCGCCUUUGUCAUGAUAUUUGCCCACCGUGCUGCUCAGCAGGCAGUCGAAGGGGCAGUGCUUGGCACCUGUUAUGUUGAGAGGCAAGAAGCCAGCCAGAUGAGGGAGCUGAUCAAGUCUCUGGUCUAUGGGUUAAAGGCGGGAGGCAUGUGACUGCUGGCUGAC